UCUUCGGCAAAGGCGUUGCAUUUUGUAUUUGGGCAUAGGCGUCCGUGUCCCGUCAGUCUGUGUCGGCUCAGUCGAUAGUCGCAUUCAAGUCGGUUUUCGGUGUCCGAUUGUCGCCGUUUUUUUCGGUAAAUAAAGUGUUUUAUGUGCAUUUUUUAGUGUUUUUCGCAACUGUAAUUGGAUUAUUCGAUAUUUUCUUAAUAAUAUCGUAAGUCGGGUAUAGUGGCCGCCAUGCUCUUUGGAGCAUUCGUGUUCGUACUGGCGGUGUGCGAGUUCGCUCGUACCGAAGACGACACCGCCGGUCCGGUUUUCCUUAAGGAACCCCCGAACCGCGUUGACUUUUCGAACACUACCGGGGCAGUGGUCGAGUGUAGUGCUAGUGGGAAUCCCCCUCCCGAUAUAAUCUGGGUUCGUUCUGAUGGUACCGCCGUAGGUGACGUACCGGGACUACGUCAAGUCCUCGCCAAUGGAAACCUCGUGUUUCCUCCCUUUAGGGCUGAGGAUUAUCGUCAAGAAGUACACGCUCAAGUCUACACCUGUUUGGCCAAGAAUAGCAUCGGUUCCAUCCAUUCCAGGGAUGUCAACGUUAGGGCCGUGGUGAAACAGUUCUAUGAAACACGUGUAACUGACGAGUUCGUACUGAAAGGAAACACCGGAAUUUUGAAGUGUAUUGUACCAAGUUUCGUGACCGAUUUUGUGCAGAUCGAAGGUUGGAUCGCUGACGACGGGAGCGACACCUAUAUAUACAAUUCCAAAGAGAAACCCAACGAAAUGGAUAGCAAGUACUUGGUCUUACCAUCUGGAGAACUUCAUAUUCGUGACGUAGGCCCUGAAGAUGGAUACAAAUCUUACCAGUGUCGUACGAAACAUCGUCUUACCGGAGAAACCCGACUUAGUGCCACUAAGGGCCGAUUGGUAAUUACUGAACCAACGAAUAAUGUACCACCCAAAAAGGACGGCGAAAAGUACGAGGGUUGGAAGGUGAUUCUGGUGCCUCAGGGCGGUACCGCUUGGCUCACUUGCCAAGUGACUGGUUACCCAGUGCCCAGAUAUUUAUGGUACAAGUUCAUGGAAGGAACUUCCCGCAAACAAGCCGUUACUCUGAACGACCGCGUUAAGCAAGUAGCAGGAACUCUGAUCAUCCGUGAAGCCAAGGUCGAAGACUCUGGAAAAUACUUGUGCGUGGUAAACAACUCAGUCGGAGGCGAAAGUGUGGAAACUGUUCUCACCGUCACCGCCCCACUAAAAGCUUCCAUCGAACCGAAAGUCCAAACCGUUGAUUUCGGAAGACCUGCCGUGUUCACUUGCAAGUUUGAAGGAAAUCCUAUUAAAACCGUCUCCUGGAUGAAGGAUGGCAGCAAAAUCGACCACACCGACGCAGUGUUGCGAAUCGAAGCGGUCCGCAAAGAAGACAAAGGAAUGUACCAAUGCUUUAUCCGGAACGACCAAGAAAGUGCCGAGGCGACUGCAGAAUUGAAACUCGGAGGUAGAUUCGAACCACCCCAGAUCCGUCACGCCUUCAACGAGGAAACCGUACAGCCCGGGAACUCAGUUUUCCUCAAAUGUAUCGCCAGCGGCAAUCCCACUCCUGAGAUCACCUGGGAACUCUAUGGCAGAAGACUAUCCAACAGCGAACGCUAUCAAAUCGGACAAUACGUCACUGUCAACGGGGAUGUAGUUUCUCAUCUGAACGUCACUGGGAUCCACACCAACGACGGUGGCUUGUACAGGUGUUCGGCCAGCUCCAAGGUUGGAAGCGCCGACCAUUCUGCCAGAAUUAACGUUUAUGGAUUACCAUUCGUGAGAUCGAUGGAGAAACAAGCCAUCGUUGCUGGAGGCACUUUGAUUGUCCAUUGUCCGUUCGCCGGACAUCCGGUUGAUACUGUCGUGUGGGAAAGAGAUGGACGUUUGCUGCCGAUCAACAGGAAGCAAAAAGUGUUUCCCAAUGGAACUUUAAUCAUCGAGAAUGUGGAAAGGGCCUCCGAUCAGGCUACGUACGUCUGCGUGGCAAAAAAUUCACAAGGAUACAGCGCCCGGGGAUCUUUGGAAGUGCAAGUGAUGGUACUGCCGCAUAUAACUCCUUUUGAGUUCGAAAACGAAGUAAAUACUGGGGACAGCGUUCAGCUGUCUUGCUAUGUCAAUAAGGGUGAUAUGCCCUUGACAUUCUCAUGGCAUUUAAAUGGACGUAACGUGGAGAAACUUCCUGAGAUCAAUGUGAGUUUAUUUGGAAAGAAAACUUCCUUGUUGAAUAUUGAUUCAGUCAAGGCGAGUCACGCGGGGAACUACACUUGCGUUGCUAGCAAUAAGGCAGGAAUUUCUAGUUUUACAGCUGAAUUAACUGUCAAGGCUUCACCACGAAUCCAUCCAUUUUCUUUUGGUGAUGAGCCCUCCUUUGAAGGUGACUCAGUAUCAGUUCAAUGUAACAUGGCAAGUGGGGACACCCCUGUAACGUUUGACUGGAUGCUCAAUGGAAGCCCCGUUAAAAAAUUCAAGGAAAUUAAUGUAGGCUCUUUUGGUGCCAAGAUAUCAUUCCUUAGUAUUGAUAGUGUCCAGCGAGAACUUAUUGGAAACUACACUUGUAUCGCCACAAAUCGAGCAGGAACUUCUAGUUAUACGGCCGAAUUAACUGUUAAGGUUCCUCCACAACUCAGUCCAUUUGAUAUAGACUCGCCAUUAAACGCUGGUGAAUACUUGCAAGUUGCUUGUACAGCAAGGGAAGGUGACCUCCCUAUAGUGCUAGAAUGGCUAAUUAAUGGCAAAAAAGUGGAUUUAUAUCCGGACACUUCGACCAUGGCAACUGGAAAACGUGGAUCCAUUUUAUCUGUAGAGUCUAUUUCGGAUAAGCAUGCGGGAAUAUUUACUUGCCAGGCCAAAAAUAAUGCUGGACAAACGGAGUAUUCGGCUGAACUAAACGUUAAUGUACCACCAAGAUGGAUCUUGGAACCUACUGAUAAAGCGUUUGCUCAAGGUUCAGACGCGGCUGUCGAAUGUAAAGCCGAUGGGUUCCCUAAGCCCGUUGUCACAUGGAAAAGGGCCACUGGGGUAUCGCCAGGCGAUUAUAAAGAUUUCAAACCGAAUAAUCCCGAUAUCAAAGUUGAAGAUGGUACCCUUAUGAUCAAUAAUAUUCAGAAGAACAAUGAGGGUUAUUACCUUUGCGAGGCUGUUAAUGGAAUUGGCUCUGGUUUGUCUGCUGUGGUGCUCAUUAGUGUUCAAGCACCACCCCAGUUCGAAGUGAAAUUCCGCAACCAAACCUCCAGACGCGGCGACCCGGCUGUAUUGCAAUGCGAAGCUAAGGGUGAAAAACCUAUUGGAAUCUUAUGGAACAUUAACAAUAAACGUUUAGAACCUAAGGGGGAUAACAGAUAUACUAUUAGGGAAGAAAUCCUUCCAAAUGGAGUUCUAUCUGACUUGAGCAUCAAAAGAACUGAAAGAUCUGACUCGGCUAUAUUCACCUGCGUUGCAACUAAUGCCUUUGGAAGUGACGACACCAACAUCAACAUGAUCGUUCAAGAAGUGCCUGAGGUACCAUAUGGAUUGAAAAUCCUUGAUAAAUCUGCCAAAACUGUUCAGCUCUCUUGGGUCGCCCCAUACGACGGUAACUCCCCCAUCAAGAAGUACCUUAUCGAGUAUAAACCAAGCAAAGGCAGCUGGGAAAAGAACUCAGAACGAGUAUUAAUUCCAGGAGAUCAAACUGAAGCAGGAAUCUUCACUCUACGUCCAGCAACCACCUAUCAUAUUAGGAUCGUUGCCGAAAACGAAAUUGGCUCUUCAGAUCCUUCCGAUACCGUUACUAUUAUCACUGCCGAAGAAGUUCCUAGCGGACCCCCAACCGACAUCAGAGUAGAAGCGGAAGACCAACACACCCUCGUGGUAUACUGGAAACCGCCUGCAAGAGACCACUGGAACGGCGACAUCCAAGGCUAUUACGUAGGAUACAAACUGGCCAACACCGACAAACCUUACUUGUUUGAAACUGUCGAGUUCCCAAGGGAAGAAGAAGGAAAAGAGCACCAUCUCAAAAUAACGAACCUUAAGACUUACACGCAAUACUCGGUAGUGGUGCAAGCGUUCAAUAAAGUGGGAGCGGGUCCGACUUCCGAAGAGUACAAAGCGAAUACCGCCGAGGGUGUUCCGGAACAGCCCCCGGACAGACCCACCUGUACCGCCCUCACCGCUCAGACUAUUCGGGUUUCUUGGGUUUCGCCGCCUCUCACUUCCGCUAACGGUGUCAUUAAGGGAUAUAAAAUUAUUUAUGGGCCUUCUGAUACGUGGUUUGAUGAAAAGACUAAGGAUACGAAAAUCACCUCCUCAAGCGAGACAAUCUUACACGGCCUAAAGAAAUAUACAAACUACAGCAUGGAAAUUUUAGCCUACACUUCUGGAGGCGACGGAGUCCGAACUACCCCAAUUGCUUGCCAAACCGAACAAGAUGUUCCAGAAGCUCCUACAGCAGUGAAAGCCUUGGUGAUGUCAGCCGAUUCGAUCUUGGUCAGCUGGAAACCUCCCACCGAGCCUAACGGUAUUAUCGAAUACUAUAUUGUCUACUACAAAGUUGCUGGCGAUGCAGAUGAAAAGCCCAAGUCUCAAAAGAUCGUGCCCAACAUCAGAAACCAGAAUUUGAGUUUUCAGGCUAAAGGUUUGGACAGUAAUUUGAAGUAUGAGUUUUGGGUUACUGCUGCUACUAAUAUCGGUGAGGGACAGCCCUCCAAGAAGGUGAGCGUGUCUCCUAACACUAGCGUUCCUGCGAAAACUGCCAGUUUUGACGACAAUUUCACUACGAUCUACAAAGAAGAUGUCACUUUGCCUUGCUUGGCCGUGGGAAUUCCUCCGCCUCAAAUCACUUGGAGUAUUAAAGGUGUCAAAUUUACCACCAAUUCCAACGAUCGAAUUCGUCAACAACCCGACGGUUCCUUAUUCAUUCGUGACGUAACCAGGGGCGAUGCCGGCGAAUAUUCUUGUAAAGUAGAAAAUGAUUUUGGACAGGACUCCGUUACGCAUCAGUUAAUUGUCAAUGCACCACCGAGAGCACCGCAGGUUACACUUACAUCGACGACGACUAACUCGCUAACGAUCAAAAUCAAACCGCACGAAUCUGAUGGCGAACAAAUCCACGGAUACACCAUCCAUUACAAGCCGGAAUUCGGUGAGUGGGAAAACAUCCAAGUCGGAGCCGCAACCGAUAAAUACACUUUGGAGAAACUGCUUUGUGGUACCCGCUAUCAGUUGUAUGUAACUGCUUAUAACAGUAUCGGAACUGGCGAUCCUUCUGACAAUCUUAACCCGAAGACCCGAGGAGACAAACCGCAGAUCCCUAGCGCUGAUCAGUUCAUCGAAGUGAAGAGUAACAGUAUUACGUUGCAUUUGGGAGUGUGGUCUGAUGGCGGUUGUCCGAUGUUGUACUUCGUCAUCGAACAUAAGAAAAAGACUAGCCUCGAGUGGAUCCAAGUAUCGAACAACGUAAAACCCGGACAAAAUUUCAUUUUACUGGACCUGGACCCGGCAGUUUGGUACCAUUUAAGAGUAACGGCCCACAAUAACGCCGGAUUCACCGUGGCAGAAUACGAGUUCGCCACCCUUACAGUCACUGGCGGUACCAUAGCCCCGGCCAGGGAGAUACCGGGCAUGCGGAUGUUGUUCCCGUGGAUCCCGGAUUGGGUGGAGUGGAAUAUCGCGGUACCGGUGGCCGCUACCGUCGUUGUGGUGGUCGUUGGUAUUGUGGUGGUAUGCGUGGCGUUGUCUAGGAAAGCCCAUGGGCCCUUGCAAACUAGACUACGCAGCGAUUGUAUGUAUGACGUAGUAUACAACCAAUCGUGCAACGCCGCCUCAACGCUGGAUAAACGCCGUCCAGAUCUACGUGAUGAACUUGGCUACAUCGCACCCCCCAACAGGAAACUACCCCCGGUUCCAGGGUCGAACUACAACACCUGCGACCGGAUUAAAAGAGGUACCAUAAGGGCGCAUUAUCGUUCUCAUUCCACUUGGGACCCCCGUCAACGCCAUUUGUACGAAGAAUUGAGAAGUAGGCGUGGAUCAAACGAAACCGUACAUACUCACAGAGGUAUGGACGACGAGAUCUGCCCUUACGCCACCUUCCACCUGCUAGGAUUCCGCGAAGAAAUGGACCCGACCAAGGCGAUGCAGUUCCAGACUUUCCCACAUCCACACGCCGGCACCAUGGGACCAUCUGGAAUCAACACUCCUCACCAGAUUCAUUCCAGAAAUGGAUCGCAAUCCAUGCCCAGGCAAGCCGCCAAUAGGCGAUACGACAGAGUUGGAUCUCAAGGAAACGGCAGCAUUUACUCCGGUCCAGGACCCGAAUACGACGAUCCAGCAAACUGUGCUCCCGAGGAUGAACAAUACGGCUCCCAAUAUGGCGGAUAUGGUGCUCCCUAUGAUCAAUAUGGCAGUCGUGGAUCAAUCGGACGUCGCUCUUUGGGUUCCUUAAGGAUUCCCCCGACCAGCAACUCGCCCGAACCACCACCGCCACCACCACGUAACCACGAUCCCUCCUUCAACGACUCAAAGGACUCCAAUGAAAUCUCCGAAGCGGAAUGCGAUCGCGAUCAACUGAUCAACAGUAGAACGUACGGGGUAAUGAGAGGUAACGCGAAGGAUGGCAUGACCCACGAGGAAAUGAGAAAACUGAUUGAGAGAAACGAAACAGGGCAAACCGCAGCCACAAACGGGGGACUCACAGCCUACGAUACUGUGGCAGUGUAAUCUGUAAGCGACCCACCCGACUUCCGCAUCUGGAGCCGCUUGAUUUUUCAUUUUUCUGGAUAUUUAGCAACCGACUUAUAGUUGCCAUACUAUUAAUAUUUACGACAGUAGGAAAAUCUUCAAAAUCAAAAUAAAAAUUAUUCAUAUAUUAAGUCUCGGUAAACAUUUUUGCUAUUAUUAAUCAAGAAUUGCCAUAUUUAUAUGCAUUGAGUUGCUAAAUGUCAAAGGUUGCAAAAAGUGUUUUUUUCAAGAAGCUGAUUUUCUUCAAGCCCUAUAUACUAGAUAAACACUUUUUACAAUCUAUAUAUUAUUUAGAAUUAUGUUAUCUAAUACCUACACCAAAUAUUAAGAUAUAUUAUGGAAACAGGUGUUCGGAGCCGCUUUUACGAAUACGUACACUUUAUAUUGCCGAGUUGUAGGUAAAAAAAUCUAUAUACACUGAUUGGCUGGCUGAUGGCAUUUUUUUGUGGCGUUUUUUAUCUUCAUCGUAUAUGUUCGAUUUGUAUACAGUGGCUCAAUGUGUCAUGUGAUAUUUUUGUGGUUUGUGGAUGUUUCCGUUUGGUUUUUUUUGGAGGGAAAAUAUACGAGGUUCGAUGUUUGUCAAUGUUUCACCUUUUACAUAUCUGGCAACUGUACUGUUCUAGGUAGUUUUUUGGUCAAGUUAAUUUCAUGAUUCUUCUAGGCAGUUGAGACCGUUUUGUUUUAGAAGCUGCUUUUCACCAAGACACUUCUAUUAAAUUGCUUAGAAGAAGUGCAAUUUGAUUUUUUUCUACAUCUUCGCUCAUCAAUAUUUUCCUUUUAAGUAGUUUAUAUUAUUCGCUCUUUCCAGUUUAAUGAAAGUAUUUUUUUAGUUCUUCCAGGCAAUUGAACCGUUUCUUUUUAUAAGCAUUUUAUGGCUUUUCCUAUUUCAACUGCCUGGACGUUUAACACAUAUUGUUUCCACCUUAAAGAAACCCGUUCUAUUGUUCUUAAACGACUGACUUAAUUUUCAUUAUUUUUGCAGACAAUUGGUGUGUUUUUUCAACAUAUUUCAACUGCCUGGACGAAGCAAGAAAAUCGUCUAUUAUCAUUAAUCACGGUUUUCUUUUGAAGCUGUUAACUUCAUUAUUCGCAUUUGUUUAUUGAAAAUACUGUCAAUAAUUUAUUGAUCAAUUUAGGAUAGACUUCAAAAAACUUUUAAGAACUCAAAAAGGUGAAAUAUUGGUAAAGAUUGAGUCCAUUUAAAAUGUCUACAGGUGGUGCCAAAAAUGUUUUGAUAUUCGCUAAAUAAAACUCAACAAUGUACCAAACAAAAAUAAACUGUAGACUCUUUUAAUUUUGUAUAGGUAGCCUUAUUGUUUAUUUUUAUGCUUUAUUAGGUUGUUUUGUUUUCGACUUUUUCGGUAGUUUUUAGUGAACGGUUGGCGAUAUGUUUUUUUUUUUUUUGGUUAGUUUAAUCGUGCUAUACAAGUUUUCGAAGGUUGUGCGUCGCCAGCUCUAGGUAAUAAAAUACGCUACGAAUAAAACUAAAUUUUCUAUUGUAAUAUAUAUAGUUUCCUUCAUUUUUGCACAUUAUUUUUUGUUGGUCCUGGUUAAUAUAAAGAACUUUUUAAGUCAAAUAACACUUCUUUAAGUUUAUUUAAGAUAAUUGUAAUCUCUUUAAAAUAUAUCAGUGUUUUAAGCAUGCAUAAGAAUAUAUUAAAAAGUAGAGCGUUGAUAUUAAAAUUUAGACACAAAAAUACGAUCAGAUCUAGAUGUCCAAAAAAUUAUCGCAAAUAAUCUUAUUAAUAUUGAGAUAAAACUCUCUGCUUGUCAUUAAAUUCUAUAGAAUUAAGUAGAUCUAAGUAUAUUACAAGAUUUAAUCAUUUUUAACGAUGGCAUUUUAGACUUGUUCCUGCCUUUUAUUAUUUAUAUAAUAAUGUAUAAUAAUGCGUCUUUACCUGAUUAUUAUAUUGUGUCGCAUCCAUUAUAAUUUUCUAGCUUCAAGUUCCUAAAUAGAGUCAACAGAAUUUAUUAAUAUUUUUUUAGAUUCUUAUGACUAGUCCAAAGCGCGAACUUCCAAGUUAAAAAAGCAUUUUAUCGUAUAAAAAUGGUUUGAAAUGCCAUUCAUUAUAUGUAAUGUAAGUGUGCUCUAUAUAUCCUUAUUGUAAGUUAAGAAAACCAAAUAGCUUAGUUGGUUUGAUAAAAACAAAUUGGUGAGCUGUAAUAUUCUCUUUCUCUCUGUAACCGUUUAUCGUAGUGUUUACUAUUAUUGUAUAUUGAUUUUCCGUGGUGUAUUUAACCUUUAUAUACUCUCUUAUACUAAUAAUACUUAUCUAUUUACAAGUUUUGUGUAUAUUAUUAUUUUUUAAGAACGCAUAAUCGUUUUCGACAAGGGACGCGUUGGCUUAUUCGAUUUUAUCAAAUUUUGAAGCUUGUGUACCAAAGUACUUUCGAUUUGGUUAAUAAAUAAUAAUUAUAA